AUGCCUGUGAUCAAAAGCAUGCGCAAGUUCACGAGGGCACUCUCCCGAAAGACCGUGCGGGUCACGCUGGGCCUGGGUGGAUUGGUGUUUGAGGAGGUCCACUUCAACAUGAAGGUGUUCGCCCUGGCCCGCCGCCUGGCGACGGAGCAUUGGGGUGCCUGGGAACUCCGAGUGGUCAGCGAGAACAACGUCCCUGCGGCCACUGGACCCGCGUGA